UUCACAUCAAGUGACAUAUUGUCGGCGCGCACAGCGUUCCCGUUCCCCCCGCGCUGCAAGAAUCGAAUCGUUUACAAGAAUUACUAAUUACAAUGGAAUACGCUUGCGAGAUUAUUCCACAACACAUCCAGAUCGAUGGCGGCCAACCGCCGGCGAAAAUCCCGCGGCCCGCCAACGCGUUCAUGCUCUAUGCGAACGCGAAUCGAAAAAAGAUGGCACGCGAGUUUCCGCUCGACUCGAAUAAGGAAAUCAGCAAGCGGCUGGGCAGAGGUUGGAAGGAGCUGGACCGCGAGGCGAAGGGCGGCUACUACGAGAUGGCGAAGGAAGUCGACGCCGCGCACAAGGAGAAGUAUCCCGACUACGUGUACAAUCCGAAGGAAGCGCGGAUCCGCAAGGCCAUGCGCGACGCCAAUCGGGAGCGCUCCAUGGGGGUGGCGCCUGCCACGCGCGCCGCCCGCCGCACGCAGCCUUGGGUCCUACCGGAGCAGGAUGAUCAAUUUAUGAUGGCGUCGCAUGGAAUGCGUGGCGUUGCGUCGCCCAUGUGCGGCAAUGGUUUCCCCAUUGGCGGAAACGGCGCGAAUGGAUUUAUGGGGCCGAUGCAUUACAAUAAACAUAUUCAUCUCGCCCCACACGAACAGCCUUAUCUCCAGACGAAUCCAAUGGCGCAGCUGCAGCAUCAGACUGAAAUGUGGCACUAUCACGAGAGCACAAGUCCAAUGCGUCCUCCAACAGCUGAUCAAUUUAUGUUACCGUCGAAUCAAAUGUCUGCCUAUCAACACCAUCAACAUCAGCCGACGAGUACGCAGGCGCUGGAGACGCUCUCGGAGAAGCUAAAAACGCAAAUGGAUACGACGUACUCGAUGCCGGACGAUGCGCAAUCACAGUCACAGUCGCAAUCGCCGCAUUCGAAUGCAAAUUCAUCGCCAGCGCCGACGGAAUCGAAUAGUUUUGAUGAGCGGAAGGAUAAUAGGAGUAUCAAUGGCCGCAAUGGUGGCAGCGCAUCGGAUGCGCAGAAUGGCGGAUAUGGAAACGUAGACGUUUAUCAAGAGGAUGUAAUCAUUCAGAAUCCUUUUGAGAAGGAAGAUAAUGUCAUAAUUAAAAAGAAUUCAGCACUCUCACCGCAGCUGACGACAAAACCGCAAAAGUCAUUACCCGAUUUCAACGCGGCGUUUGGCUCGACCGAACGGGGGCGGUUUCAAAGUCCGCCGGUGCCGCGGCUGCAGCCGAAACAAGGCUAUCUAGACUUCUUCCUCACGAAUAGCGAUUUGAAAUUUGACGAUUUUAAUAUAUAAUCAUAGAUGAUGCAUCAUGUGCGCAUGUAAUGCGCAUGUGUGCAUAGCUAGCGAAAUUAGUUGACGACAAGUGUGUAUUACAGAAAGUAUAUAUAUAUAUAAAAAUAAGAUAUAUCUAUAUAUCAAAAAUUAUAUCAAAAGAAGAAAACGAUUAGUUAGUAAUAUAUAUGAAAAUCUAUAUAUAAUGAUCGUUAUACCGAUGCAAAAAAAGUGUAGCAAGAGUAACAUUUACAAAGAUGCAUAUUUUACCAAUUUGAAUAUAUAAAAAGCGAAAAAUCAACCAAAAAACAUGAAUAAGUAAUUACUUAAUACUAAUGUAAAUUUAGUUCGAAUGUAGCCGAAAAAUCUACAUGACACAUAUGCCAAAUGAUUAACAAAUGAAAUGUUAUUGAACGUAAUUGAUUGAAUAAUUAUUAUUAUUACUUAAUUAGGUACGUAUUAAGUAUUGCGAAAUCAAAAUAUGAUAUAUAAUGAUAGUGAAUGAUGAUUUUUUAUUGUGGAGAGAAUUUUAUGACCAAAUUUUUAUAAAUAUGCGUUUAGUUGCUUGGUUUGUCAUUGAUAUGCGUAAAAAAUUCGGAGAAUGUGUGCCUUCUACAAGGACUGUAACAAAACCAAAACAAAAAAAAACAUCAAACAAAAGAUUUCGAGUACAUAAUUUCACUUUUAACUGAUUUUUAAUCAUUUCUCAUUAGAAAGAUGUUUUUUCGAUGAUAGAAUGCACCAUGUUUGUAAUGGCAGCCAUUUUGUUUACCAAACAUGAUGACGCGUGCUAUCAUGGAAGAAAUAAUAUGGAUAUUAUGUCUAAACGUCUCUGUAAACACGAAUAUCUAAUGAAUUGUGUUUGAUUUUUAGUGAAUCUAUACCUAAAGUGUAUAAUUUUUGGGACCAAAUAUGUAAAACACAUACAAAAUUAUGAAAUACUCAAGAACAAUUACAAUUUACAUUAGAAAUGAUAUAAAUGAGAAACAAUUAAGUAAAACACGGCGGGCCACGUACUAAAUACACUCGAAUUGUUUUUGGAGACAAUAUCGAUUGUUUAAAUUUGAAGUUUUCUGCUCAAUUUGAUUUCCAAAAUCCAAAAAACAAUGUAGCUGAGUUGUUUUUCAUGUGUGGCCUAGUGUUUGUAAUAAGAUGUGAAGCUAGGAAAACGAAAUAUUGUACUAAAUGUAAAACCAAUUGUAAAACAUUUAUUCGGUAACAGAUGAAAAUGGUGGUAUUACAUAUUAAGAGUGUGUGGAAAUCAAACACUCUUGAUGUGUAAUGCACUAUUACCGAUGUAGUGUGCGUGUGUUGAGGUUGUGCCUUAAUAGAUCUCAAAAUUUAUCAAAAUUAAGACGAAUCAAACUUUCACAAGAUGAUAAGAUAUAUAUAUGAUGAUGAUGAUGAUGGCCAAUAAGUUUUAAUGAUUGAUUUCUAGUUUGGAAAAUUUAACGAGCUUCCCCCCUUUGUCACGUUAUCUGUUUAUUGUUGACUUGUGAUUGAUUCUCUGCCAAGAAGUUUUUCAAACAACAUUCAGGCUUCCAAAAUGAAAAUAUAUUAAUGGCUAAGUUACGAAAUUUGAUUCUUAUUGAAUUGUUUCUGUUAUAUAGUGCCUAAAAGGUGGUUUCCAGUGUUUUUUAAGCGUAAACAUAGAAAAAUUAUGAAAGUAUAUAUGAUGGUAAAUGAAUUACUUGUGAUCGUAAUGAAUAAUAUUGAUUUACAAAAGACAAAUUAACCGAUUAGUAGAUUUAAAUAUUAAAAUAUUAUUAUUAACUCUAGCUAUUAGGAAGAGAAAACACCAGAUUAUAUUGUACAAAAGAAUGCAUUGCAUACAAAAGUAUUUAAAUUAAUUGUAUCAUUUCCCCUGUGUCCCACCCAACCAGAGACCCAAUGUGUAAUGUGAAAAAAAAAAACAGAGGAGAGAAAUACUUUGAUCAUUACAUUACGAUUAUUGCCAAUUUAUAUGAUAAAUGAUGAAUUAAUCAAUAUUAAUCAAAUUAUCAAAACAAUAUAUUAUCGUGAAUUGUAUGUUGUAUUGUAUAUUUAAGCAGCCGAAUGAGAGACACGGAUGCAGAAUACCAAAAAGCAUUAUUUUGAGGUGUGUGCUGCGAAAGGAUCAUUCUGAUUGAAUCAAUAGUACAAUUGUUAUUAAGCGACAAAUUGCUGAUACUGAUAUAACUAACAUACACGGAAGAGACGGCAAUUUGUUAGUGUUAAUAAAUACAAAUUAAAUUUGA